AUGGAUGAUCGAGAAUUACAAACAGAGGAACUGAUUGCACUGGAAAGUACUUUGCGUGAGGGCAAAUUGACGAGAUUGAGUGACUGGAAUGAUACGGAAGUGGACAUUUCCGGUGUAGUUCAGAUCGAUUUUUUUGGCACAGAGAAUAAAGGUGUUAGAAUUGAAGGAACAUGUGAUGAUGGAACCAAGUUCAGCGAUGUCCUUAAAAUUAUUCCGCCAGUUCAGUUGUAUUUCGUGUUUCCACCUCGUUAUCCAAUGACACGAAUGCCGAAAUUAAAUGCAAAGUGCAUUUGGAUGGACGAGGAGCUUCAAAGGGAUAUGGAAAUCGAUUUAUGUCAGCUUUGUCUUGAUAAUAUGACAAUGCCUGUUCUAUAUUCAUGUUGUCAAGUCAUCGAGCAGAGGGUGAACAAUAUUGAAGUCAUCGAUCUCAAUAAAGCCGUUAUUCUGAAGACUGAUAAAACGAAAACUGUAGAAUGGUUGAGAAAUGAAAUCAAGAAUGAGAGCUUAAAAGCCAAAAAAGAAGUGUUUGACUAUACGAUGUUUGAAUGUGAAGUUUGUUUCAACGAGUACUGUGGAACCCAUUGCUACAGAUUCCGUCCAUGUAAGCAUGUGUUUUGUAAACAGUGUGUUGGCGAUUAUUUUCGCGUCACUGUUUCGGGAAUAGUGUCGAGAACGUUGCGCUGUUUGGCGGAUAACUGUGAUGUCGAAGCCCCACAGUAUAUGAUUCGCGAAGUUCUUGAACCUGAACUAUUUGACAAAUAUGAAAAUGCGAUUUUGGAAAAAGCGAUUCGUGAAAUGGACGAUGUUGUUGAAUGCCCAAAACCGAAUUGCCAAAAGGUGGCGUAUGUGAAUGACAGAGAGAUGAACCUUGCUUCGUGCUCAUACUGCAACUUUCAUUUUUGCAAUGUUUGCAAACAGACGUUUCAUGGAAUCGAGCCAUGCAAACUGAAAGCCGGUGACCAAGAGAAAAUUAUCCAGGAAUGGAACGAGAGCAACGAAGAACAAAAAGAAUUAAUGGCAAAACGAUUCGGUGGAAUGAAAAAUUUGAAGGAAAUCAUCGAGCGACUUCAAAACCAGCAAUGGAUGGAAGCGAACAGCAAGCCGUGUCCGAAAUGCAAAGUCAAAAUUGAGAAAAAUGCCGGAUGCCACAAAAUGCAUUGCACGAAAUGCGACUCGAUGUUUUGCUGGUUGUGCUCUGCGAUUCUCAACAAGGAAAAUCCAUAUAAACACUUCAAAGAGGGAGCAUGUGAAGGUCGUCUUUUUGAAGGAGUCGUUCCAGUUGAGGACUUUGAUCCAUUUGGAAAUGUCGAAUUGGCGGAUGGUGAUUAUGAGGAGGGCGAAGAGGAAGAGGUGGCAAUCUUUCGAGAUCGCCACCCAUACAUUCGCGCGAUAUUCAACGCGCGCGAAAUUCGACAUCUGCAUCGAGUUUUUCGCGAUGAGGCUAGACCGAACAUUCGCGACAAUUUCAUGCGAAUUCUACCGUUGUUUGCACUUCCUGAUGAGCGAGCCGCUCAAAACGCGGCUCCGAAUAAUGGAGCGCCAGCAAAUGUCGAUGAAAUGGGGCCGCAAAAUUUGCAGCGUGUCAACGAGUUCAUUGACGCCAUGAGAGUUCCAAAUCCGAAUCCUUGA